AUGGCCUCUCCUGGUCAGACAAAUGAGCCAGCAGACCCUUUUUCAUGUCACCCCGGCUCGUCGCCUGCCAACGGAGCAGGUGUCGCUACAGAUAGUAGCAGUCAUAGCGUGAAUGUCUCGGGACCGACCACACCAACACAUGAGAACCUACCAGAAAACAUGUCAGGCAUGUCGAAAAUCAAGGCCCUACAACCAUAUGCAAUCGAGGAACCGGAUGACGACCCAGAACCUCCCGUGCAGCGGAGGCUUGAGUUACCCUGCCUUCCAGAUUACUUCGAGGUAUGGCAGCGCGAGCUGAUCGAUCGCAUCGAUGAUAUGGAUGAUGCGGAUGACAAGGCCGUGACAAAAUCAAGCGCUAAGCUUUCACCAAUCCCGAAGAGAGGUCAGAAGCGAAAGCCACUUGGUGCAGCUAGCGCCGCCGAUUACCAUACAGGCUCUUAUCGAUCCAAAUCUAGGGCCAAGCUAGACGAUCCUGCAUUGCCUAUCUGUGGCAUGAGUCCGAAGAGGCGCCGUAGACGCAGUAAGGUACCGGAAGAAAGUCCCAAAAGUCCUCAUCCUAUCUCUCUACAUGAUUUCCGUGAUACCCGAGUCAACCAGAGCUCAAGUUCGGACUUGCUGUCAAGUAGUAGUACCGAUUCCGUUGAUGACUCUGCUCUUGUCGAUGAGAUGGACAUUGACUGA